AGUAAUUACUGCACAAUGCUUCUCCGGACGAUAUUGAUAUUUCUUGUUUUUCCUAGUAUUGUAUUGGCACAGAUUUGUGUCCGCACGCAACCACGGAUUAUUGAGGGCAAACGGCAAAUUGUUAAAAUAAACUUUUGCUGCAUAGGCUAUAAACGUGUAAGAGGGAGUCCCCUUAAAUGUGAACCGAUAUGCACAAAGAGCUGUGGGAACGGAAAAUGCGUGGAGCCAGAAACUUGCCGUUGCAACCAAGGCUACGAGAAUCUCUACAAUUUUAUCUCUAAUCGCUGCGUGCCCAAAUGUAAGGGCGAAUGCAUGAAUGGCCAGUGCGGAUCGCCCGAUCUGUGUAUAUGCGCCGAGGGCUACAAGCUUAAUGAGUCAAGUGGUAAUUGCCUUCCAAUCUGCAACAGCGGAUGUUCUAAUGGCAACUGCAAGUCACCCGGAAAUUGCGUCUGCAACGAGGGAUUCACGCUGAAUGCCAAAAGUCAGAUCUGUCAACCACAGUGCAAGGAAGGCUACCAAGUAAAUGUUACCCUAAAUGAAUGCAAUCCAGUAUGCAGCACUGGAUGUGAUAACGGAUUCUGUAGUUUACCGGAAAUUUGUGAGUGCCAUGCGCAUUAUCAAAAGGGCACCGAUAACAAAUGUGAACCCAUUUGCAAAGACGGCUGCUUGAACGGCGUUUGUAAGUCGCCGGGAAUUUGUGAAUGCCUCACGGGAUACUCGAAAAAAACCGAGAGUAGUUGUUCACCAGUAUGUAAAGAUGGAUGUGUGAACGGAUUUUGCUCUGCUCCUGGAAAAUGUUCUUGCAAUGAUGGCUACUCUAAAGUGAAUGAGAGCAGUUGUGCCCCAGUCUGUCAAAAUGGAUGUCAGAACGGAUUAUGUACUGCUCCUGGGGAAUGCAUAUUAGUGCAUCAGAGUAAUUACUGCACAAUGCUUGUCCGGACGAUAUUGAUAUUUCUUGUUUUUCCUAGUAUUGUAUUGGCACAGAUUUGUGUCCGCACGCAACAACGGAUUAUUGAGGGCAAACGGCAAAGUUUUAAAAGAAACUUUUGCUGCAAAGGCAAUAAACGUGUAAGUAUCAGUCCCCUUAAAUGUGAACCGAUAUGCACAAAGAGCUGUGGGAACGGAAAAUGCGUGGAGCCUGAAACUUGCCAUUGCAACCAAGGCUACGAGAAUCUCAACAAUUUGAUCUCUAAUGGCUGCGUGCCCAAAUGUAAGGGCGAAUGCAUGAAUGGCCAGUGCGGAUCGCCCGAUCUGUGUAUAUGCGCCGAGGGCUACAAGCUUAAUGAGUCAAGUGGUAAUUGCCUUCCAAUCUGCAACAGCGGAUGUUCUAAUGGCAACUGCAAGUCACCCGGAAAUUGCGUCUGCAACGAGGGAUUCACGCUGAAUGCCAAAAGUCAGAUCUGUCAACCACAGUGCAAGGAAGGCUACCAAGUAAAUGUUACCCUAAAUGAAUGCAAUCCAGUAUGCAGCACUGGAUGUGAUAACGGAUUCUGUAGUUUACCGGAAAUUUGUGAGUGCCAUGCGCAUUAUCAAAAGGGCACCGAUAACAAAUGUGAACCCAUUUGCAAAGACGGCUGCUUGAACGGCGUUUGUAAGUCGCCGGGAAUUUGUGAAUGCCUCACGGGAUACUCGAAAAAAACCGAGAGUAGUUGUUCACCAGUAUGUAAAGAUGGAUGUGUGAACGGAUUUUGCUCUGCUCCUGGAAAAUGUUCUUGCAAUGAUGGCUACUCUAAAACAACUGAGAUUAGUUGUUCUCCAAUUUGUAAAGAUGGAUGUGAGAACGGAUUUUGCUUUGCUCCUGGAGAAUGCUCCUGCAACGAUGGCUAUUCUAAAGUGAAUGAGGACAGCUGUGCUCCGAUUUGUGAUAGUGAAUGUAAGAACGGUCGUUGUUCUGCUCCGGGAGAAUGUACCUGUUUUGAAGGCUACACCAAGCAAAGUGAGCACAAUUGUUCUCCAGUUUGUAAAGAUGGAUGUGAGAACGGAGUCUGUGAGGCUCCCGAGGUGUGCAAUUGCAAUGAGGGUUACAGUAAAAUAAGUGAGAACAGCUGUGUGCCCCUAUGUGAUAGGGGAUGUCCUAAUGGUUAUUGUGAGUCCCCUAAUAAGUGUAGCUGCAAUGAGGGGUACAUUAAAAUAGAAAAUAUUUGCAUGUCUGAAAUGAGUGCUGAAAGUUCCAGUACAGCAAGAAAUGCGAAAACGGAAAUGCCUGUAAAUGGUGGAGAUAUCCAGAUGAAUGCAUGCAAACAAAGAUGUUGGAAUGGAACCUGCAUUGAUGGUAAAUGCAGUUGUAAUCCAAACUACAGCUUGACUGAAGAUGCAAACAACAUAACACAACUGCUUUGUCUGCCCGUGUGUGAGAGGGAGUGCAUCCACGGUUAUUGUGCAUCUCCAGACGUAUGCAACUGCUUCGAUGGGACCAUCGCACAAGGAGGCUUUGAUUGUUCGAGCAUUGAGGAUAUAGAAAAUGCUGGUUCAACAGGCAGCAUAAAUAACUUUGUAACGAAUUGGUUAUUCCUGGUUUUGAUUGUCAUCUCUGUAGUUCUGGCGCUAAUAAUUUUUUCUGUUUUCCACAUACUUAAGCAGCGCUUAUAAAGCGUGGUGAAAAAAGAAAAAAAAUGUGGUGCUCGUUCUUCGGGAAAUAAAGUCGAAGUGUUAUGGACCUGAGGCAUUAACUGAAGAGUAAUCCAUUAGUACUUACUUGGAUUAAUAAUCGCAUUAAUUGUAUUAUUACAUUAUUACCUCAAUGAUUAAUUUGUUUUUCA